AUGCGAGCUCGGCUCUAUCUUAAUGGUGAUGGCAAUGCUCGACGUACACAUAUGUCAUUGUUUUUUGUUCUAAUGCGUGGUCCAAAUGAUGCUAUAUUAAAAUUUCCCUUCAAUUAUAAAGUUACAUUUUGUUUGUAUGAUCAAACUCCUCAACAAAGACAUAUUAUCGAUUCUUUUCGACCUGAUAUUAAAUCAAAUAGUUUUCAAAGACCACGAUCAGAAAUGAAUAUUGCUAGCGGUAUACCUAAAUUCUUUCCAUUGACAAUGAUUCAACAAGAAGGUAAUCCAUAUGUAAGAGAUGAUACGAUGUUUAUUAAAGUCAUGGUUGAUUUUGGUGACAUGCCAAAAACAUUAUUACCAUAUGCAUUGAGUCUUAAUCCUGGAUUACCAAUGCAUAUUCAGCAAUUAAUGAUUAAACAAGAAAUAGAACGAAGAGCACAACAACAAUCGCAACAAACACCUACAUCACCUGCAAAUCGUCCCGUAACAUUGCCGGUGCUAUCCACUAAUGAAACCCAAUCAGGCCAAACAAUAUUUAAUAUCAUAUCAUCACCUAAUGCAACAAAUACUAAUGAUAGACCACAGGAUCCAACCAAUAAUUAG